AUGAGAACAAAAAAUACAAUGGCUAAAAAGCCACAACAAAUAUUGUUUUCAAAAAACACCUACAGUCCCCGGGUGAAAGUAGAGAAUUGGGAUUUCGAGAGUCAUGCAGAAAAGAAAGAUAACUAUGUGUAUCGCGACAGUUUAAGCAAUCACGUUAGUACAUACACUCGUUGGGGAAAUCAAGACCAGGGUGUCGGGAAAACGGAAACUCGAAGUAUGCAAGAACAAGUUUUUAUGAAGACAAAUCCUAUAUAUGCUUUUAAGCCCUUGGUUAAUUUUACUUCUUAUCCUUGCACUGAUACCCCAGGUCGAAACAAAUUGAUGAAGAAAGCGAAUUUAGCAGAAUUACCUAAAGACUUUGGUGUCGCGGAUUUUGUUAGCACACAACAAAAUGAUUACCGAAGCCCUUAUCCAGGAGUGACGAAGCCGUUAACAAUGGCGUCUCCUACGUGGCUCCUCAAUCGCGUUAUACGAUCGGAUUUAACACAUAACCACGGAACCAGAGAAAAUUAA